AUGCAGCUGCAGGGAAGGCCGAUGUUCGGCGGUGUUUUUCGACUCUUGCAAGCUGCGGAGAAGAGGCCCUCCGGGCUCACCAGUUGGUUAUGGUCUUCCAAGUUCGAUGUCAUGGAACAUGCUGUCAAGCUGAAAGAGCAUAACCCCGCGUUGCCGGAGAAUUUGUACUUGAUCUCAAGUGGUGCUUGGCCUCGGACAGAAGCACCGAUGGAUGAUGAUGUCAGAAAGCAAGUGGUUGCCAGAAUACGAGAGUCUCUUGAUCAGUCCACUGUCACCUGGAAACUGUUCUGCGACACAGACGGCGAUAGAAGACCAUCGCCAUACACACUAUUGGCCUACGGCCUGUGUGACCAGGCCAUCGUACCGCUUCAUUUGAACAAAGGUGAUUUGGAUAGAACGGAAACAAUGCUUGGAGUGAUGCACGAGUUGAGGCAGCGUGGGGAGAUUCAGACGCAGGUGCUUUUCAUCGUGUGGAACUUUGUCAAAGUGCAGAAGGAUGAACCUGCUGACUAUCGUGGCAUGCCAAUACCUUUCACUCCUACGAAGGUUUGCAUGGACAUCCUGGAAUCCUGCAAUGCGCGGCUGUACAGAAGCGCGCAGGAGUUGACAGGGCUUUUCGUGCACACUCCAGAGUCCCAGGUUGACUUCAUCAAGUGUUCCACAGCAGUUCUUCGAGUCUUGGCCGACAAUGUCUUGAAGCCAUCAGAAGAACUUGGCCUUCCUGUCGCAGAGAUGGAAAGCAAAAUAACAGAAAGUGGCAAAAAAAACAUAAAGUUUCAGAGCGGCGACAUUGCGUACGACACGAAGGGUGAGACAAUUUCGAACGUCAUGGACGGCUUGAAGCAGCUGGAAGAGAAGUUUGAGGCAGGCCGCUUUAGUUUGAACUUCAGGAGAGGCCUCUCUCAAUUCAGGAUUCUGAAGCAAUUUCGAUGCUGUACAGCGGUCUUUUGCCCUGAAGUGUCAGAGCCACCUUGA